CACAGGCUCUAAACUGGCCAAUCUUUUUAUUCUUCUCUCUCCCUUCCAGAGACCUAACUGCCAAGUCCGGCCUCCUCCUACGGAAUUUCUCGAGCAUCCAGGCUUUCUCUCUUUUCCUGUCUCCUGUGCAUCCUUCCCUAGGAUUACUGCUAGCCUUCCUUCCCAGGCCCCGCCCCUCCCUCUGUACCCUCUCCCCCUCAAUUCCCAGCUGACUCAUCCACUGGUCCCCCUAGAGGCUUGGUUUCAUCCUGUUACUUCCCCUCCGGAGAAAUGACAAGGGCUUGGGUGGUGGAGAGCAGUGUACUAGAGCCGGGGACUGCUGGUCCAAGCCCCUCAUUGUACAGAUGGGAAACAGGCUCAAAGGCAAAGGAUUUAUUCAAAGUCCCCAGUAGAGCCUGGAAAUUCAGAUUUCACUUGGCAUUCAAGCUAUCCUUCCCUGUAGCUCAAUCAUUUAUUCAUGUAUUUAUUCUACAAAUAAUUUCUGUGCCAGGUUCUAGUCUAGGCAUUGGAGACAACAGUGAAAAAAAAAUAGUCUAGACAUUGGAGACACAACAGUGAAAAAAACUGUAUCUGCCCACACAGAGCCACGUUCUAGUGGGAAGAGAGCAGACAAAUAGAAUAAAGAAGUCAGUCAGAUGGUUAGGAGCUGCUGAGUGCAGAAGGCAGAUGUUGCAAUUCUAAAGAGUAGCCAGAAGGUACCCCUUGAGAAACACUUGGAGGAGGUGAGGAAGUGAGCCACAGAGAUGUGAGGAGCAGAGGGAACAGCCCGAGCAGCUCAGAGAACCUUGGUUCUUUCAACACACACAUGCCACCUGGGUGAAGAGUGAGGGGGAAACUGGACAGAGACUUCCUGGAGGGUGGGCUGCCCCAAGAGGAGGACACGAGCUGGCCACGUCCUCAGGCUCUCUGUCCUGGGCCUCAGAGCCCCUCUGGCCAUGGCCACACGUGGCUGUGUUGCCUCCUAACCUGGGUGUGGACACCCAGGCCUUUGGGGUUUUGAAUCAUUAGGAAGGAGCCCCUUGGUCCAGCCACACGUCUGUUCGUGACUCCCCGAGUUGCAGGCCUGCCCCACCCUGCUUCAUCCACUCCCUGUUGAGGCUGUUCUGCUGGCCUCUGCUCCCAGCUCGGGUCUGUUUCCUUGGCCUCCCUGACUCAGUGGCACGUGAAACUUCCCCAUCAGGCCCAGGGGAAGUUGUCUCCUUCCUGCAGACCCGAGGCACAGUCUAGGAGCCAAGACUGAGCAGAGCCCAAACUGAGCCCACUCCACCUCCCUCCCUCCCUCUGGCCCUGUCCAGGCAUCAGGUGUGAUGAGAUAGAAGGGGAGGCUCCGGGGGGCGGCCCUGGCCGUGGAGUGCCACUGGAACGUUCCUCCUCCUGGGAAGCUCCGCCUUUUCUCCUUCCUGCUCUGCCAUGUCGGAGACACUCACCCUAGGAUUCAGAUCACCAUUGGGAUCUGCCUCCCCGGACUCUGGCGUGCACGCUGAACUGAAGGGGUUUUCCAGUUUCCAGUUUGCCUCCUACUAAGAACCAUUCAGCAAGUUCCUUAACUCCUCUGAGCCUCAGGGUCCUUGCGUGAAAAAACAAACAAAACAUUCAACACCAUACCAAACCAAAACAAUCCUACUUCGGCAGGUUUUUAUGAGGUUGAAAGAAAUAACAUCAUGAAAGUCCCUGGCCAGACGUCUGGCGCAUAGUAGGUCCUGGAUAGGCGCUGGCUUCCCUCCUCUUCCCUAAUGCCUGGUGAUAGGACACCCCCUGGAGGCCAGCAGCCCGCCUGGCCACCUCCGUCCUAGGCACCCAGCAGGGGGCUGUAUCGUUUUAGGUGCUCAGGAAGAGGCCACCUCUUCACACAGCACUCCCAGGUGACUAUUAGUGUGAAAUAACUUUCUUGUAAGGAAGUCAGAGAAAGCCUGAUACAUAUUAGCAGGACAGGUAUAUGUACUCACCGGGGAGACCCAGCUGUCUAGUUAGCUGGAGACUCUGCCAUUGUUAGCGGUAAAAGUCCUGUGUCCCCAGAAAACCCUCAGUCCCAGGUAAACAGGGACAGCUAGUCACCCUAUCACCACGUCUUAACACAGAAGCUGGCCUUCUCAGGCUCCUGCUCCCAGCCUCCCAUUCCCUGGAGGAAGCUGGGAGGCAGCGAGGGAAGGUGGGCGGCAGAGGACGGAGGCAGGGCGGUUUCUCCAGCCCCCUUUCCAGGGGGGAGCAUCCAGGUCAGGGCAGUGUGUCCUCCCAGCCAUCUCCACCUUGCCAGCUCUUGUCUUUCUGAGCCCUGGCGCUCCCCCUGGUGUUGGCAGGUUUAUUACUCACAUUCUGUACAAGUUCCCCAAAACCCAAUUCUGCACAGGGUGACAUGAAUGAGGGCCAGAUGUUUCCGGUGCAGGCAAUGGGUUUGUGUCAUGAGAGAAGAACCCCAAAUUAUGAGACUUGGAGCUUAUAUAGAGCAUCUGGCACAUUGGCCCAUCUUCUCUCUCUCUCUCUUGACUUUUACUCUGGAACCUGACCUGAUCUUCUCUAAGGAAGAAGGGGAAGGAUGGAAGGAAAUCUCUCUGGAGCUGAUACACUGUCUCUAACUCCCAAGGCAUGUUGGCUCUUCAGUGGCCCUGAAAUGAAGCUUGGUCAGUGCCCGUUCCUGGGAAGGCCCAGGCCAGGCAGAAACAUGAAAACAUUCAUGGAAAACUGUCUCCCAACAGAGAGGAGAGUGCGUUCAUGAAACAAAAAUAAUAUGCUAUAAAUAAGAAAUCCUUGGAGAAUUAGAAAUCUUGUAAAUUAAAAACACUAAGGGAUAAAAAUUUGAAGGACCAUGAUGAAGGGAUGGAAGAGAAAGAUGAGGCUAUCUUCUAGGAAUCAGACCAAAAUGGACAAAAAGCUGGAAAAUAAGAGAGAAAAGCCAUGAAAAUGAGAUGAAUACAUGAGUACGUGUUCAAUAUCCAACUAAUUAAGGAGUUCCAGGAAAACAGAGGGGGAGAAAGGAAGAUGAAGAAGCAACGAUCAAUGCAGCAAAGCCACUCCCAGAACUGGAGGAUGCGGUUCACAGUGAGAGUGUCUAGGGAGCUCCCAGCACAGUGGAUGAAGACGGGUCAGCCCAGGGGCCACCGUCGAGGUGGGACCUCCUGAGGUGAGGUUGUGCUGCAGGGACCAGGAGGGCUCGGGUGGAGCUCUCACACAGAAAUUAAAAACAGGAUGGCCCUGGGCCGUGGGAAGGACACUUUCCUCCCCUCCUUCACAGCUCUGCCUCAUCAGAUUCUGUAUUUGGAAUACCCUGAAGAUCAUCUUCCCUCUCUCUCUGAUACUCUCUGGUUGCCACGAUUCUCCUCCCCCUUCAUUCCUUAGGGGGAGCCCCAGGACCCCAAGCUUCUGCAUUUGCUUGGGCCUUUUCACCCGCUCUUGCCCACACCUCCUCUCAGAGUCAGUUCCUGAGCACUGAGCCAACCAGGACUUGGAGGAGCUCCUUAUCCCCACCCACGGAGGGGCCCACCAUGCCUGCCUCCCAUCCCACGGUCAGGGAGAGCCCCACGUGACUGUCUGAGGCAAAAGUUUCCUGCCCUCAGGGGAAUGCUGUGUCAGUGCCCAGGCAAGCUCCAGAGCUGGCAUCUCCCUGCCCAGCCAUGGGCUCCAAACUGCUCCUGCUGCUGCUCCUGGGACUAGCAGGCCAGGGCUUGGCUGGCAGCCUCCCUGAGUUGCUGCAGGCGCCUGUAGGGAGCUCCAUCCAGGUGCAGUGCCACUACCGACUCCAAGACGUCAAGGCUCGAAAGGUGUGGUGUCGCUUCCUGCGGGAGGGGUGCCAGCCCUUGGUGUCAUCAGCCGUGGAUCGCAGAGCCCCAGCCAGCAGCCGCGUAUUUCUCACUGACCUGGGGGGCGGCCUGCUCCAGGUGGAGAUGAUUUCCCUGCGGGAGGAGGAUGCUGGGGAGUAUGGCUGCCUGGUGGAGGGACACUCAGGGCCCCAGACUGUGCACAGAGUCACUCUGAACGUGCACCCUGCAGCUUCUGGCCUGGAAGAGGAGGGAGAGAAGACCCAUCAUGUUGGGAGUCUGGCUGACAGCUCCUCUUCAAACCCUGUGGGCAGUGCCAACCCUCUGGAUCCCAGCCAGGAUGAGAAGAGCAGACCCUUGAUUUGGGGUGCUGUGCUCCUGGUGGGCCUGCUGGUGAUGGCAGCGGCGGUGCUGUUAGCUGUAAUGGCCAAAAAGAAAGGGAACAGGCUUGGACAAUUUCAGAGCAAUGGAGUCCCAGGCACAGCACCCUCCUCGGCGGUCCACCACAUCAGUAACUCUGGACCGGCUGCUGAUCUGCCAUUGGAUGUACCAUAUGUUAGGCUCGACUCACCACCUUCCUUCGACAAUACGACCUACAGCAACCUUCCUCUUGAUCCUCUGCCAGGGAAACCCCCAACCCCAGCCCAAUCCUCUUUGCCCCCUCUGCCUCCUAAGGCUGUGACAUAUGCCACAGUCGUCUUCCCUGGAGGGGACAAGAGUGGAGGAGCCUCCUGUGAGCCAGCCCAGGAUCCACCUAAUAGCCAGACUCCACCCAGCUAAGCUGUUCAUCUUCCUAUAAACUCACAGAGAUCAUCUCCAGGGUUCUGUGUACAUCCAUGCAGCCCAUGCCCUAGAUCCCUAGGGUGUCCGAGCAACUAGGGAUUUCAGGAUCUGAUCUAAUAUCUUGACUUUUCUGACCUGGAAAGUGAUACUUAGAUAUGAUCGAGGUGUCUUGGGAAGCCCCCAUGCUAGUUCCUCUGCCUUUAAACCACUGUGAUAAAUAAACUCUUAAGUGAUAA